AUGUCCUCAACAGCAGUCUCAACAGGCACCGCCGCCGCCCCCUCCGCAACCUCGACCUGCACCGCAAGCCUCUACGACACACCCGAACACGACCGCGUCUGCGCGAUGCCCUACGGCGGCAACCACACAGACAUAAUGUCCGCCUGCUGCAACGACGCAGACGUGGUCGCGUACUACGACAACUGCGGCCUCUACUGCCUCGCCCUAGACCAAUCCGUCAAAGACCUCCAAGACUGCCUCUUCGAACAGGGCGCGGGCUACACCGAGGUCUUUUGCCGCGACAACGGCAACGUGAACGCCUCCGCCACGGCGACGGGCAACGUUGACCCGCCCGCUUCGGCGCAGGCGAGUGUUGUUGCGUCGGGCGGUUCCGGGUCCGGGGCUUCGGCUUCGGCGAGCGGGAGUAAGAGCAGUUCUAGCUCGACUUCGUCGGCGAAUGCUGCUGCCGCGGGCGUGCAUGUCCCUGCUGGCGUGAACACAUUGGGCCUGACGAUUGGCGCUCUGCUUCUCUCUGCUGCGACAUUCGGCGCUCUUCAGAUCUAA